CGUGCGCAGGGAGGAUUGAAAAGGGAGAGAGAGCGCGCGGAUCAGAGCUGGAGGCGCGCGAGCGUCCUUCAGACCUCAGAACGGCGCGAGAAGGUAGAGCGGCGGUUCGAGAGAAUCGGGGGGUUCGGUCCAUCUGCGUCUUUCCAACGGGACUGGACAUAUUUAUCCGCGCGCGCGCCUUUCUGAUUCGCGUAAAUGCGCAGACUGUCCUUCAUAAACAGAAACCCCAAUUAGCUCAAAGAGUCCCGCCAUGCCUUCCGCACAGACUCGGGCGCGUGACGCGCUCGCCACGGCACCGUUGCGCGCAGCCGAGCGCACAGCUGCGGGGUGCGCCCGCCCUGACCCCCGCGCGUCAUGCUGAACGGACCGACCCUCCGCGGCCACGACCCAAUGCGACUCGUCGACCCGAGGCACCUCCCGCAACUGAUGCCCCUGGAGGAGCAUGAGCCCACCGCGGUGGACGCGACUCUGGAGCCGCGCAACUCCACGCCGACGGGGGCGGAGGGGGCCCCGGGUCCGCAGCAGCACCCCUUCCCCUGGGUGGUGACGGUGCUGGCCGGCGUGCUCAUCACGACCAUCGUGGUGGAUGUUAUCGGGAACCUGCUGGUCAUCGUGUCCGUCUUCAGGAACAGGAAACUCAGGAAAGCAGGAAACGCCUUCGUGGUGAGCCUGGCCCUCGCCGACCUGGUGGUCGCCAUCUACCCGUACCCGCUGGUCCUGACCGCCAUCUUCCACGGCGGCUGGAUCGCGGGCUACAUCCACUGCCAGAUCAGCGGUUUCCUCAUGGGCCUCAGCGUCAUCGGCUCCAUCUUCAACAUCACCGGCAUCGCCAUCAACAGAUACUGCUACAUCUGCCACAACCUGAAGUACGACAAGCUGUUCUCCAGCAGCAACACCAUGUGCUACGUGGUGCUGGUCUGGGCGCUCACCAUCCUCGCCAUCGUGCCCAACUGGUUCGUGGAGUCGCUGCAGUACGACCCGCGGGUGUACUCCUGCACGUUCGCUCAGUCGGUCAGCUCGCUGUACACCAUCACCGUGGUGGUGGUGCACUUCAUCCUCCCCAUCAGCAUCGUCACCUACUGCUACCUGCGCAUCUGGAUUCUAGUCAUCCAGGUGAGGCGGAGGGUCAAGCCGGACUCGCGGCCGAAAAUCAAGCCGCACGAUCUACGCAACUUCCUCACCAUGUUUGUGGUGUUCGUACUCUUCGCCGUCUGCUGGGCGCCGCUGAACCUGAUCGGCCUGGCGGUGGCUCUGGACUCCCGACUGAGCCGGGCCAUACCCGAGUGGCUGUUCACGGCCAGUUACUUCAUGGCCUACUUCAACAGCUGCCUCAACGCCGUCAUCUACGGCGUCCUCAACCACAACUUUAGGAAGGAAUACAAGAGGAUCGUCCUGAUCAUCUGUAAGUUCCACUGCUGAGAUCGAGCGGCGGUUGUUGUUUUGUCAUUUUGAUGACAUUAAAAGCCAUGAGCAAAGAAAAUAACUUGACAGAAGGAGGACUAAUGAGGGGGAACGAAAGCAAACCACAAGAGAAAAAAAGGCAAACUUUAAAGGCUGAGAUGAGGUAAAAUAAAUGACGCUCCACUGAAAGUUCAGUGAUGCCUUCAGGGAAUCCAGGAGACUUUAAACAUGUAGAGAGCCUGGAAGAAACCAGAGUUUGGAAGCAACUCUUGACUUAGUAAUACUUCUUUAACUUCCUCUAAAGAAAAAAGGAAAACGAAUCUGCUGAUGUUUUUAACCAGCUGCAUUCUUCAUGGUGACGUGAAAAUGUGGUGAUCAUCGUCAUCCAUCUCCAGAACAUCCAGGACUUCUUCACUAAAUAGAUCAACUUUCUUCCUGAAAAGUUCCAGAUUGAUUCUAAUAAUUCUAAUACAGACACUUUGAUAUUAUCUUAUGAUUUUCAGAAACUUGAAUUCAAAAAUCCUUAAAGAUGCCUCAUUAACAGAACCAAAACAAUCAUUUUUUCUGCAUAAAUCUCUGGUUAACCCCCCACCUCUAAAGUAAUGACCCCCCCAUCACCUUCAACCCUCCGAUCGACCACAUUUAUCAGCUGUUAUCACAAGAAUGCAGAGAUAAAGAUGUAAAUGAGUCAUUUGUCACAACAAAACAAAGAAGAAUUAAGUUAAAAGGUUAUUUAACACAUUUAUAAACAUGAUUUUGAUUUUGUUUAAAUUAAGUUUCUAACAUCAACAUCAUCUUCAGGAAUGAAUCUUUGAAAAAAGUCGACGGAAUUAUGCGAACGAGUCACAACAAGUUUAAAUCAAAAAGGGAAAAAUCACAAAACUAUGUUUUACUUUUAUUAUCGUCCAUAGAAAAAGAGAACUUUUGGUUCAUCUUUGGAUCUUACUCUCAUAGACGGAUCCUUUUGGUUUAGAUCAGGUUUAGUUAAACCUUUAGACUCGAGGCCACAAAGGUUCUAAAGGAAAUGCGUGGAGUGUUUUUGAGAACAACAUGGAAUCUGCAUGAAAACAGGCUUUAGUUUGAUUGAAAAUUGCUUUAAAACUAAACCUUUUUGAGUUUUUUGUGGCUUUUACUCUAAUGUUAGAGCAGAUCGAACUGAACUUAUGGAAAUGCUGCGUUCAUGUGGUGUUUGAAUGAUGGGAAAAAGGCCUGUCUGCCUCUAAAAACACACAUGAACAUCGGAAAAACAACAAAUCCAACAACAACACAUGAAUGCUGAGUAACUUUCUGCACCUUAAAGUUCAAAUUUGUAACACUGAAAAACGUCGGAUCAAUUAACAAAAUUCUGUAAUUUGUUCAAUUUAAAAUUUUUCAUCAAAUUAAAAUUUUGGGUUGAUGGUUUACUCAACUUAAAAAUGUAAUUUAAUAAAAACUAAUAUUUUCAAUUGUCCCAAAUUAAUGAGCUUUUGUUAAUUGAUUCAACGUUUCACUUUUUACAGCGUAUGUAUCAUCUAGAACACACCAGAAUUACAACAAUAAAACAGUUUUAAGGAUUUUCUAUGAAUAAUUUAUUCCAAAAAGCACUUCAAUCUAAAAUAAAUCAGAAACAGACAAAAUCAUAAGAAUGUGUUGGUUUCUAGGACAUAGUUUCUGCAGAGCGGCAGGAUUUCAUUGAAAGUUCACCUCUGAGUUGUGGGCGGGGCUGUUAAAACGAAGCAACCCCGCCUCCCUUCCCUGUCGCUGAGAGCUUGUGGCCCCGCCCACCACGUUUUCUGUCACAAAUAUAUUUUUUUAAAUUAUUUUUUUCAUCUAUUCCUGAUUUACAACAUUUUGAUUAAAGAAAUAAACAUUUAAGCUUCAUUUUCUUUAUAUAUCCAUCAUGAGGAAAAAAACACAAGAACAACAAGAAGAUUUUCAUCAGAGUGAGACUUCUUUCUUUAAGCUCGUGUAGAUGAUCUUCGCUGUGAGAUGAAUCUGUGACCAUAAAACGCUGGAAUAGAGAAUCUAAACACAACUUGCUGUUUCUUUGUACACAAAUCAAAUCCGACACAAAUCUUCUGAAUCGUUCAGCUCCUAAACUUGUAAUCGGCUGACGUAUUUGUCACUUCCAUGACUGGGAGGUACGGGCGGCGAAGACCCGUCCAUUUACCUGAUCUGUGGCUCAGAAAACUUUCCUGUAGUCUUCUCUAAUUGUCACACAUCUCACGCUGGAGCCAGAUCCAGAGACUCUAAGGUUUCCAAAGACGCCUGUAAUCCCAGCCGCGAGACUCCACCUCAUUAAAGGGACACUGAGAGGAACACAUUAGAUCUGAGAUGAUGAAGUCCACCCCAAAGCACAAUCUUUUAAUGCCACGACGUCGUUCGUGUCCAGAGCGCUCCCAACGACAGCCGGCUGAGCGUAAUUAUGAAGAGAAACGGGAUCAACGGUUCCUAUAAACGUCCAACGUUGGAAGUGACCGGCAACUUAAGAACAGAUUUAUGAGAAAAGCGCUAAAAAUAAAUUGGAUUUAGAGGGAAAUUUUUAAUUAUAGAGAUUCCAGCUCGUUCAUAAAACAACAAAGCUGCAAAUAUCAACGAUAAAAAGUGAAUUUUAGCUGCAGCUGUGACAAUAGAACGGCUAGAAAACAUCUUUUUCAUUUCAAAAGCCUGUUGAACAAUGAAAAAGUGAAGAAUCAGCAGAAAGAAUUACCUUUAAAUGAGUCAAAAUGUGCAUUUUCAGAUGUUAGAAGCAGUUUUACUUCAUUAUGCUUCACAUCCAAAACUCAAAUUUAUCUUCUAAACGUGAUAAAAAGGAAAGGAGGAAGGAAAAUCCAUCAAUAUUUCUUUGAGCACAAAAUGAAUUUAUUUUGGUUAAACUCCUGAAGGACGGAGUCGUGUGACCAGGAAUAAUUAGUAAAGACAAAAUAAUUAAUAUUUCUGCCACAUAAAGUAAAACAUGUCCAACAAAAUAGAACUAGAAUUUAUAAUAAUUUACAAAACAAAAGUCUGAAUAUCAGAAAACAAUUAUCUCUAUUUUGAUUUCUCUCAAAGUUGAACCUUUAUGUCUCACAAACAUGGAAACCAUCUUCAGAAUCGUCUUUUAUAACAUUGUUUUUAUCUCCUUUUUAACUGACUUCAUGUAAAUUAGCAUCAGGAAACAAACUUUAAGCUGGACUUUUACAUAAAUCCACGUCAGAAAGCACAAAACUCAGCGCAGCUCAAACCUGAAAAUACUUUUGAUAAAACCGAUUUUUGUAAUUUUAAUCUUCCAAACAAAAGAAGAGGAGCUUUGAUUCUCUGGGGGGUCUGGAGGCUUUCAGAGGAUUCUGGGGGGAUUUUAUUGGUUUAGUUUCUAUGUGACCUGAAGAAAAACUCCAAACAGAAUCAAACAUCAUCUUUCCAUCCAUCCAUCACCGGACAUUUCACUUCCUGCUGAGCUAAAAUAACGUUUAGACCAGGAAGUGAACAUUAAUGUCCUGAAUCACAUCAUCAUUCGUCUUUCUUAUGCUCCGUAUCUCAUUCAGAACGAUAAACUUGAAAAUGUUCCACUGUUGUUUUUGGUUUUAUACUUUUGGAGAUGAGAUGCUUUUAUUUUGAAAGCAAAGUGUUUCUAUCUAUGCUGACAUGAAAACAUCCUGUUCUUUUAAAGAAGUGUUUCUGUCAUUCUAAAGCAAUAGUGUGAGAGGAGCGGCUGCCAAACAUCCACCAGCAGCGGCUUCAGCUGAACCUAUGGAGCUGCACUGGAGCCACUAUUACCUGACGCCAAAAUAAAACAGAUUGAAAAAAUAUUGGUGUAAAACUUUUUGUUAUUCUAAAAUAAGCUUCAUUAUUAUCAGCUUUAAAUUUUUUAAUUUUCCGACUCUAAAACGAAAAAAAAAAAAAAAAAACGUUUUUGAGUGACAUUUUACUUGUUUUGGCUAAACGUUAAUAUUGUUUUCAGUUGGUUUUAUUUGGGUUUGAACCAAUAUCGGCCCCAGUGUAGCUCCAUAGCGACGCUCUGAGACGUCUCAGCUUCUCCCAAAGUUCAAAAACAAAAGCUUGUCAGAAAAGCGAGUUCUGAAGGUUCUGGACUCUGACCACAUCACUGUGUUCGACUCUUCUGCCAAGCGGCAGAUGAAUGUUUUCCAUGUCUGAGGCGCGUCCGUCCUGCUGAUGAUCCGUGUGGAUCCAGCUGCUCCGUCCCGUUUAAAGAACCUCCGAGGGAUCGGAGCCGCAGGAACUCCUUGGUUUAUGUCCAAUCGUUGGCUGGCUCCACUCCAGAUCAGAAACGUAAAGACAAACGCGAGUGUGAAGCCGUUAGAGAAACGCUGGCGCCGUGCGGCUGCAGCCUGACGACGGCGGCGCCACCGCUUCCAUUUGACAAAUGAAAAUGCAAAUUCAGAGAGAGCUGCAGGGGGGAUGUUUUCUGUCUGAAAACAUUAGAAACGUGUUUUUCUCUUCUGUCCUGAUGAGGAAACAUGAAAUAAAGUGAGGCUUUGAAAUGGAGGUAAUUACCUUUAAUGAGCAGAAAGAGUGAAACCUGAAGGAACCAAAAGCUUUUGGUCUCUAGAGGAUCACCAUCCAAACAGUUUCUCACUGGAAAAAACUCGAAUGUUUUAUUCAUGUUGGAAAGUUUUGCUAAAAAGGAUUGUCAUAGUACCAGCUUGAUACCAGUUUCUAUAAUUCGGUUCAAAAAUCACUUUAAUUCCAAACCAGGAAGUGGAGAAACAUCGACAAACACGGAUCCCUCAGUGACACCAACAGGUCUUUAAGCUGAAUUCUGCUCCUAUUUCAGAGCACAAACGGACGUCUGUCCAUCAGUAAAGUCCGUUUUUAGAGGCUGAGGAGCAAAAAGUGAAGUUUGUUCCUAAUAAACGCAUGAAGAGCCGCAGAGAUCAUGACGCCAGUCCUUCCUGUUCCAGUCUUUGUGCUCAAACUGGACUAAAGUGAUCAAUUUUCUUUGUACCUUUUUGGAUAUUUCCUAAAAGAAGAUUUAAACAAACAUUUUUUUUUGCUUUUUUCCGAUUAUUUCUCAUUCAAAUGGAGCCGCGUUUGUUGAGAAUAUUUUCCAGCUCAGUUUUAUUUGAUUUGAUUUUCUCAGAGUGGAUUCCACAUUCAUGGGGGUCAAAAUGUGGAGGAAGUGUGAUGGUCUGGGACAGCAGAGAAAACAUGAAGAUUCUCCUGGAAACGUUUAAAGAUAAAACAAUAUUCUUAACUUCAGUCUCAAACUGAUGUUUUUCAGUCAUGACGACUGUUUGGGAGAUGAAGUCACCUCAACAACAUUUGAACAAUUAUGGGAUGGAUUUGAAAAUGUUCAUCGAACUUCCUGUGCAGCGGUCUGCAACCUUUAACUCCUAAAGAGACAGUUGGGAUGAUUUCUCAAUGACCACAAAUAAAACAAACUUUAAGAGAAAAUAGAUUUUUCUUCCAAAUAUGAAACAGUUUAUAACUUUUAGCAGAGGUUCACGAGACUUCCUUUCAAAAUAAAAGACUUCCUGUGUCACAUCUUGAUGGUAGGUGGUGUAACGUCAGGUAUAAAAAAAGAACAAAUAUUUUAUUUUUAAAUGUUUGUGUUGCUUCUUAGCCAAGAAUUCCUAAAUCUAACUGUCUAAAAUUAAAUCCUAACUAACUAACUUUAUUUUUUUAAACCAUGAGGCACACUGAAAACACAGGAAUUUGACUAAAUGUUUAAUUCUUUGUGCUUUGGAGACUCACAGAGUAAAACGUUAUUUGACUUUUUUAAACUAAAAUCUUUGUAUUUUUCUUUAACCAAAGACCCACGAUGGUAUGGAGCUAAAUUGGGGCCGAUAUUAUUUGAAACCCAAAUAAAACAAAUUGAAAACAAUAUUGGUG